AUGAGUCCUCCGUCUCCUGCCAGGACAAUGCGACUCUGGCUCUGGGGGCCUCGGAGCCUGGGCGUGGCUCUGGGGGUCUUCAUGACCAUCGGAUUCGCCCUACAGCUCUGGGGGGGCCCCUUCCAGAGGAGGUUACCUGGAGUUGGGCUCCGACUUCAACAGCCCUGGGCCCCAUCCCGGCACCCAAGCGUCCACCAUCCGUCCUGUCCACCCCGGCAGCGGCUGGUGUUCCUGAAGACGCACAAAUCUGGGAGCAGCUCCGUGCUGAACCUGCUUCAUCGCUAUGGGGACAGGCAAGGCCUACACUUUGCUCUCCCCACCCGCUACCAGUUUGGCUACCCGAGGCUCUUCCAGGCCUCCUGGGUCAAAAACUAUCACCCCCAGGAUGGAGACACCCAGCACCCCUUUCACAUCCUCUGUCACCACAUGAGGUUCAACCUGAAGGAGGUACUUCAGGUCAUGCCUUCUGACAGCUUCUUCUUUUCCAUUGUCCGAGACCCAGCAGCUCUGGCCCACUCUGCUUUCUCCUAUUAUAAAUCCACCUCAUCAGCCUUCCGCAAGGCCCCCUCGUUGGCUGCCUUCUUGGCCAAUCCUCGAGCCUUCUACAGGCUUGGGGCUCGUGGGGACCACUAUGCCCGCAACUUGCUAUGGUUUGACUUUGGCCUUCCCUUCCCCCCAGAGAUGAGGACCAAGAGAAAGAAUCCUCAUCCCGCCAGAGACCCCAUCCCUCCACAGCUGCAUGUCCUGCCUUCUGGUGCUGGCCCUCAAGCCCACAUCCUGGAUCCCAACGCUCUUUUCCAUCCUGCUCCUACUGUUGCAGAUGGUCACAGCCAGCUAUCCAGCCCUGCCUCUGUAGAUUCAGGGUCUUCGUCCUUCAUCCAGUGGGGUCUGGCCUGGCUAGACUCUGUCUUUGACCUGGUUUUAGUGGCUGAGUACUUUGAUGAGUCAUUGGUCUUGCUGGCAGAUGCCCUGUGUUGGGGUCUAGAUGAUGUGGUGGGUUUCAUUCACAAUGCCCAGGCUGGCGGCGAGCGAGGAGGCCUCGGUGCUGUCAGGGAAGGGAGACGGACUGAAGAGCAGCAGCAGCUGGCUGCACGAGCCCGUGCCUGGAACAACCUGGACUGGGCUCUCUAUGUUCACUUCAACCGCAGUCUGUGGACACGAAUAGAGCAAUAUGGCCGGAGCCGGCUGCAGAGUGCUGUGGCAGAGCUCCGGGCCCGGCGAGAGGCCCUGGCCAAACACUGUUUGGUUGGGGGAGAGGCUCUUGACCCCAAGUACAUCACUGACCGGCGGUUCCGCCCCUUCCAGUUUGGGUCAGCGAAGGUUUUGGGCUAUAUACUUCGGAGUGGACUGAGCUCCCAAGACCAGGAGGAGUGUGAGCGCCUGGUUACCCCUGAGCUACAGUACAAAGACAAGCUGGAUGCCAAGCAGUUCCCCCCAACAGUUCUGCCUUCCCUCAAGGCUUCCAGGCAUCAGACUGCAGAGGCAGGCCAAAGAGCAGCUAAACUAGGAGAAGAGCAACUAACCUAG